AUGCGCACUCGUUCUCAGCAACAGUCACCUGGCGGCUUCGUAUCCCUCGAGAGCGUCACUCGUCGGACGAGGUCGACCCGAAGCGCUUCACAGACAAAUUCCAUUUGUGAAACCUCUGAACCUCUCACAGAACCUCCGACUCGUUCGAAGAGCCAGCGUGUGACGAAGACCACUUCCAAGAAACUUAUCAAGACCCAGCCCAAGAAGGCUCCAAAGCGAGUUACAAGACAGUCGACCCGAAAGGCAGCCAAGUCGCAGUCGGCUGACGAAGAAUAUGAAUCCCACGAUGAGCAGCGACCCGAGCCCACCCCGGAGGACACCAACCACGACGACAAAGAGAACCACAGGGGAGCGCCCCAAAUGCAAGAGUCUGCUACUACAGCAAAUGAGAAUCCUUUGUCGGAACAGAAUAGCUCAGAGAAAACGGAAGCCCCUUCCCCCCAACACCUACCUACCCAAAAUACAAAGGCCCAUGAAACUACUGGAACCACAAAUCCCCCCGAACUCCCCCAAACCUCCCAGGACAUCCCUUCAAAACUUGAGGCCCAUAUAUCCGUGGAAACCUUCGGUGCCUCGUGGACCGAAUUCUUAUUCGGGGACAUAAGUUACGUUGGCUCGCCCGUAUCAGAGAGGUCCAGGACUCCGUCCAUCGACGAGCCUCUGUUCACUAUUGAAGGCGAACUGGACAAGGGCCUUUCGAGCAGAUAG